AUGAGUAAAGAUCUAGCGUCUGCUCCUUUGGAAGAUGAUUCGGAUCCUACAUAUACACAUUUCGCUCAUCGGGGUGAAUUCCUCGGAUUGCUCGAACGAUUCUUGAAACUUGAUAUCAGCAGAGAACCAGAUACGAAAGAAGAGGAGGAAGAAGAGGGGUCGAUAACUUCACUUGGAGCGAUACUUGAUUAUUAUCUUCCUUUACCUGGAUUACUUGAUCCCUCUUUAGAUGAAAUCGUUCCUCCUCUCAUGGAUCAGCUAGGCCAGACCUUACAUAUGAUUAGUGAAGGUACCGAUACUAAGCGACCAAUUUCCGUCAAUUCAAAACGACUCGAAAGACUCGGUAGGCUGUUGAAUUGGAUAGUAAAAGUCAGAGGGUGGAAAGCGGUCGUCCCUCAUUUUCCAUCUUCGAUACCUUUCUUGCCUCUUCUAGUGACUCUUCUCUCUCCUUCCACUGCGCCUUCAACUUCCACCACACCUUCAACUCCUCAUCAUCCACUUAUCUCGUCCCCCGAAGCAUGGGAGCUACGUGCUGUAUUACUUUUAUGGCUUGCUCUACUUCUCACCGUUCCUUUUAACCUUACUGCACUUUCCAGUUCCACAACACCCGUCUCCUCGACCGCAUACGGCAUAGAUCUUCCUGCUUCCGCGAUACUCUUCAAGGCGCCAUUAGCAUCUUUAGGUCAACAAGUAGCUUCACUAUCGCUUCCUUUACUUUCAAGACCAGGUAAAGAAGGCGCAUAUUCAGCUUUGGUACUUGCUCGUCUGUAUUCUCGUGAAGAUACUGUCCAAGCCUUGCAAGGCUUUUUCGAUUGGGCUUCAUCAGAGAUACAAGAAGGUGAAAGGGAAGGUGAAGCAAAUUUCGUUGCGUCCAUAUUGGAAUUCUUGGCUUUAUUACCUUCUCUCCUUAAACCCAAACAUCUACCAUUAUUGGAGGAAUUCAUUGAUGAAAAGCUGUUACCUCAUUUAAGGGGAUCAAGAACUGCUGCUGGCUCAGGAUUAAUUAGGAAAUUGGCAAUAAAAGCUAAGGGCAGGUUGUGGUUGGCAAAACUUGGGAAAGGUUAUGCAGACGACCAAGAUGAGAUUGACUUGCCAGAAGGACUGGAAGAAUGGCUUGAUGAUCUUAUGGGAGGCUUAUCAGAUAAGGACACAAUCGUUCGAUACUCUUCUGCCAAAUAUCUAGCUCGACUGUCAUCCUUGCUUCCACCAUCAUUCUCUGCACAAAUAGUAGGAGCUGUGAUCGCAUUGUUCGAAGGCACAGAAGACGAACCCGUCACCAUGACUUCUUUCGGCACUAUGAUUGAUCCUGGUGGUUCAUCGUCGACUGGCGGGACUAUGGGCUUUGGAGGGGCUGAAUCUGUUAGAGGAGAAUCAAGGUGGCAUGGUGUCUGUCUAGCUCUGGCUGAAUUGGCCAGAAGAGGACUUGUGGGCGAGGACGAAGCCGGAGGAGCGGUGAAAUGGGUGAUCAAGGCUUUGACAUUUGAUCUUCGUCGAGCAUCACAUUCGAUAGGAGCGAAUGUCCGGGAUGCAGCAGCCUAUCUUCUAUGGUCCCUGUCUCGAGCUUGUCCGCCAGAUAUCCUGCGACCCUACGCAGAGGAUAUGGCGACCUGUUUGAUUUGUGUUGCGGUGUUCGAUAGAGAAGUUGGCGUAAGAAGAGCAGCAAGUGCAGCGUAUCAAGAAGGAGUGGGAAGACUCGGACUUUAUCCUGAAGGUAUUGACGUACUUGCGAAAACAGAUUUCUACUCUGUCAGUGUCAGAAGAAUGGCUUUCAACACAGCGGCUCCUGCGGUAGCAAUAUACAAAAUAUACCGAGACAAAAUGCGAAAUCAUCUGCAUCGUAUUACCCUGAGACACUGGGAUUCCGCCAUGCGGAUUCAAGCUUCUCAAGCACUGCAGAGUCUAUUGAGACUCGGCGGUGACGCCGAUUUGCAAGACUCGCUGGAAAGAGAGCUGAAUGAGCUACCUUCACUCGAUGCCGUGAACGUACAUGGAGCCCUGGUAGCUCUGACGCAGAUGUCUCAUCUCCUUUGUGAUAAGGAUGAAAGGCGACAAACAAUCUUCGAGACCCUUUCCAAUAUCCGACCAGCGUCGUUCGUUGUCUCACAAGCAUCCGACAUCCUUUCUGCGUUAUGCUCUUUGUUAGUGAUAAUACUAAACGAGCCCAUAAUAUCUACCUCGUCUACUCAAGCUGUCUUAGAUAAGUACCUGGAUUUAGCAAUGAAACGUCGCGAACCUGAAGUUCACGAAGGGGUCGCACGAGUGUAUGGGAGGUUGAGCGAACUUAGAUCUCCAGAAAAGGAUGUUACAAAAUUGGUGGCCGAUCUGAAAUCUUUCCGAAUAGCUCAAAGACAAGCUGCGUCUUUAGCCCUUGGCUAUAUUCAUUACCCCUCCUCACCUUCAACCUUGACUGAUAAAGCUGUUAAAGCUUUACUGGCGAUAUUGGAACAUCCAGAAAAAAUAGAUGUAGAAAGUAGGAGAGCUUCCACUCGAUCCUUAGGUAAUAUAGCUAUCCAAAGGAUCAAUGGUAAACUAGUUGUUUCUCCUUCUCAAUUCACCUCGAUUAUACACAGUCUGAUCACAGGGUUGGAAGAUUAUACCACUGACCAAAGGGGCGAUGUCGGUUCAUGGGUCAGAGUAGAAUCUCUGUCAUCGCUUGGAAGAGUAGUGUCGUCCCUCGAUCCACCGUCAGACCAUCUGAUGACAGCGGAUUUGCUUGACAAGGUUUUGGGAGGUAUGAUCAAGCAAGGUGUCGAGAAGCUUGAGUCGGUCAGAGGAGAAUCAGCGUUGGCUUUGUCUAGGAUAAGGGAGAAAGGUUGGUCUUGGGAUGGUAAAGAAAACAUGGCAGCUCCGAUAUCGCAAUUACAAGAGAAAGGAGAAGGAUUCCGUUACAUAGAUCAAAAAGAAUGGUUCAACUCCUCAAUGCCAAUACUACAAACAACGUUCAGGAAAUCCCUGAUGGCUGGAUUGAUCCACAGUAUAGGUAGUCAGGUAAUCACGCUUUCAAAUGCGGCAUCUCAACCUCUAUCAUCAUACUUGACCACACAUCCAUCGCUCGUUCGACCGGUGUUAGGAGUUCUACUGGAAUUACUGGAAAAGAAUUAUACGUCAAAUAGAAUUUUCAUACCGGCUUUACAGACUGUACAUAGACUAUACACGGACGGUGUUCUAAACCUGUUUGAAGACGCAAACUCAGUGUGUGCCGAUAUACUAACAAUUGGGUGUAAGGGUCUGGGCAGCAUCAAAUCGAUCGAGAGAAUAACAGUUUCAAUGAGAGUGGUGAUUGCAUGCCUAACCUCAUCAUCAGAUAUGAGAUUGAAAGCAGUGGGAUAUGUACCACUAUUUUUAGGUCAUAGAUUCCCUCGAAUACGGGCUAUCUCUUCAGAAGAGAUAUAUCUUGCCCUCUCGUCGCUUGAGGAGGAAAUACCUGAAGAACUAGAGGAAGUGCUCACUGAAACUGAAUGGACAGGAAGCGGAUAUGUAGAAGAGGUUGGGAAGGUAAUCAACUUGAUUAAAGCUAUUGUGUAA